ACAAGUAUUCAACAGAACCGAGCAGGUCUUUGUGUACCGGUUAGUAGGGAGGCAGCGAAGAAGGCAAAGUGAGGUAAGAGAAGAAAGGAAUUCAUCAGAUAAACUGAAAGCUUCUGUGUUUUCCAGAAUAGUCGAGGAAGAUGAGUUUUCUUUUCGGCAGUAGAAAGACUCCCGCUGCCUUGUGAUCGAAUUAAUCAAUGUGGGGAACUCUAAUUAAUGGUGUCUCUCAACUUGGAUAAAGCACGGGAUUGUGAGCUUUUGAGGGAAAAUAAGAGGAUGUUGGACAAGUCGAUUAGAGAACUAGAAAGGGAAAGGCAAGGUUUGCAAGCUCAAGAAAAGAAGUUGAUUGUUGAGAUCAAGAAGAAUGCCAAACAAGGACAGAUGGGGGCAGUGAGAGUAAUGGCAAAGGACCUUAUCAGAACUCGCCAUCAGAUUGAUAAGUUCUACAAGCUUAAAUCACAACUUCAGGGUGUUGCUUUAAGAAUUCAGACACUGAAAUCAACUCAAGCAAUGGGGGACGCCAUGAAAGGAGUAACCAAAGCAAUGGGCCGAAUGAAUAGGCAGAUGAACCUGCCUUCCUUGCAGAGGAUAAUGCAGGAGUUUGAGAGGCAGAAUGAGAAGAUGGAGCUGACGACUGAAGUGAUGGGAGACGCAAUUGAUGAUGCCUUGGAAGGGGAUGAAGAGGAGGAACAGACAGAAGAGCUUGUGAAUCAGGUGCUUGAUGAGAUCGGAAUUGAUAUCAACUCUGAGCUUGUUAAUGCACCCUCAUCAGCUUCUGUAAUUGCUCCUGCUGCAAGGAAUAGAGUUGCUCAAGCUGAAUCAACAGGAAAUGAAGACAGUGGAAUUGAUGAUGAUUUGCAGGCUAGGUUAGAUAAUCUUAGAAAGAUGUAAAAGAAGGAUGAGAAGAUGAUGCUCCAGAGAAGGAUGGAAAUCAUAUUCAUAUACAAUUACGCUGUGUUCAAAUCCAAUAUAAAAUGUUUGAAGUAGAAGCCAUGUAUCUUCCUAUAUGCUUGAUGCUGUUAUUUCUAAUUAUCAUGUAAAUCAUCUACAAUUCACUGUUGAUUGAACGAAGUUUAACAUAAA